UCGGAGGGGCGCCGGGGGGAGGAAGAUGGUGUCGUGGAUCAUCUCCCGGGCCGUGGUGUUGGUGUUUGGAACGCUUUAUCCCGCCUAUUACUCAUACAAAGCUGUGAAGACCAAAAACGUGAAAGAAUACGUUCGGUGGAUGAUGUACUGGAUUGUUUUUGCUCUCUACACCGUGGUCGAAACAAUAACAGAUCAAACAGUUGCCUGGUUCCCUCUAUACUAUGAACUUAAAAUCGCUUUCGUCAUAUGGCUGCUCUCCCCCUACACCAAAGGAGCAAGUUUAAUGUACAGAAAAUUUCUUCAUCCUCUUCUUUCUUCGAAGGAAAGGGAGAUUGAUGAUUAUAUCGUGCAAGCCAAAGAACGAGGCUAUGAAACCAUGGUCAACUUCGGACGGCAAGGCUUAAACUUGGCUGCGACGGCUGCUGUCACUGCAGCAGUGAAGAGCCAAGGAGCAAUCACGGAGCGUUUGCGCAGCUUGAGCAUGCACGACCUGACGGCCAUCCAGGGAGACGAGCCCGUGGGCCAGCGGCCGUACCAGACAUUGCCAGAGGCCAAGAAGAGGAGCAAACCAAUCCCCAGUGACCUGGCAGAUGGAGACGAGAGGACAGACGAAGAGGCGGAUGGGCCGUUUUCAGACGAUGAGAUGGUAACACACAAAGGACUUCGGAGGACACAAAGCAUGAAAUCUGUGAAGACCGUCAAAGGUCGCAAGGAGGUGCGGUAUGGCUCUCUAAAAUACAAAGUGAAGAAACGGCCACAAGUGUACUUUUAGUCAGAACACAUCAAGCCGCCCGAGAAAACCAUGCUAAUAUGCUGGCUGUUUUAUUCAGGAUUAAAAUGUUUAUUUAAAUCA